UGAGAAACUGCUGCUGCCAGAAAAUUAGAGCAAAAUAAAACUCACUGACUAGAGAAUUGCAAAUAGCCUAGUACUAUCUACUGCUUCUGAAGUGAGAGCUGCACAUAAUAGGCGAAGAGGUGGUGCUAAUUGACCUAUUUGCUAAAUACCCAUUGAGCUAUUCCUACCUCCUCAUUCUCACUUCAUCAAGGUGUCACCUUAGCGACCAGCCCGAGAGCAGAAAAGAGAAGGAUUAAACCGUUUCGCAUCUCAUUCGAGGAGCCAGUAAACUUCUUUCAAGACAGUCUGUGUUGAAACAGAAACUAAAAAUAUGAGCUCUAAUGAUCAAGGAACAACUAGGGAGGAAUCCGGCGGGCCACCAGAGGAAAGAACGACAGGAGCAACAGCUGGUCACAGACCCGCAUCAGCUCACUCCAGCCAAAGCAGUGGCUCGAGCUCAAAGCAUGUCAAAUGCAUUGGAAGAUACGUACUGAUAGGCCAUUCCCUGGGAAAAGGGAAUUUUGCAAGAGUUGAAGCUGCUGCGCAUACAUUAACAAGAGCUAAGGUUGCCAUUAAGAUAAUUGAAACGGACAAGAUAAAGGAGGAAUACGUCCGUAAGAACCUACUCCGUGAAGCACAGCUCAUGAGACGCUUGCGACAUCCCAAUAUUAUCCGACUGUACGAAACUAUGAAAACCAACAACUUGUACUGCCUUGUAACUGAGGUAGCUGAGGGUGGAGAGCUACUCUCUUUUGUUCGUAACGAUUUUAAAGAAAAGCGACUACCAGAAGCUACCACUAGGCCAUUCAUAAGACAGUUGACAUCAGCUCUUUAUUACUUGCAUGGAAAUGGGAUUGUGCAUAGGGACCUUAAAAUGGAAAACAUUUUGCUUGACAAAAAGAAGAGAUAUGUAAAGAUUGUUGAUUUUGGUUUAAGCAAUGCACAGAAGGCAGGAGCAUUGUUGCAGACACACUGUGGCAGUCCAGAAUAUGCAGCACCAGAAUUAUUCAUUCCUGGUAGACAUUAUGGGCCUGAAGUGGAUGUAUGGAGCUUAGGUGUCAAUAUGUAUGCAAUGCUGGUUGGUAAGCUGCCAUUUCGAUCUCCAAGACAAGGAACAAAGAAACGACAGAAAUUACUAGAGCAGAUUAGUGCAGGAAUAACUGAGCACCAUGAAAAAGAAAUGGAGCACCUUUCAACGAGUGCUGUAAAUCUAAUAUGUCAUUUACUGCAACCAAACUCUUCCAGAAGAGCAUCACUUGAUGACGUCAUGCAUCAUCCAUGGACAACAAAAGAUGGAGCUCACCAGCUCAUUCCUUAUGAAUAUACUCCACCAGACCCUAUCACACAAAACCUGGUCAUUGAACUAAUGCAGAAAGUUUUAGGCGAGACACCAAGUCAGAUAAAGGAAACAGUUAAAAGGGACCGGUGUGAUUGGCUGGCAGCAAUAUACAACUUACUUAUGGAUCAACCAGAAGGAAGAAAUGUUCUCCAAAGAAUGAUCACAGCAGAUCCAAUUGAUAAGUUAGUUAGCUCUUCUGACCAUCAAACUAUUGCAGAGCAUCUCUCUCUAUCACAAGGAUAUGGCCAUAGCCAGCAUAGUCAAGAGCACAAUGAUGCCACAGGUAUAUUAAACAAGCCUAGUUUCUCAAUGAAGCACCUCAGAAGUAAAGAUGAUGACCAACAGGCUCAUAGCAGGGCCGAAUAUGAUAUUUUAAGCAAGGCACCAGACAGACGUAAGCAUCUAACAGUCGAUCACAAACCCCUCGGACAAUUACGUAAUGUCCACAGCGCCUUCUACCAAUCUUUGUUUUCAAACCACACCCAUCAUGCCAGUGGGAGGAGACUAAACAAUGAUCUAAGUCCACAUCAUCACGUCGAUAUGGGCGGGGUCACAAAAAGACACACCUCCCACCAUCACGAUGAGUUUUACAUGGGAAUGGGUGGACUGGAACCGCCUCCAAGACCCCACUCUAGAAUGUCUGCCCCCGAGCCACUUCCAAUCCCGUUUCAAAAAUCAAUGCUAAACAAGAGCCUCUACAACUACGCCCCCUCAUCUAACGAGCAGCUGCCAUCAGAAAGUCCCCCACCCACAAUCCUAACUCCAGAUAAUAUGCAUCAAGAGAACAGCCCACGGACUGGGAAGGGUCUUGCUCCUACCAUCACUACUUCUUCCUCGAGGAGACGCUCGGCCGGAAACUUGAAACCUUUAAUGAGGAAAACCCUCUCGGCCUCAGUUGACACACACCUGGAGCAAGGAGGAGGUGGAGGGGCUACUUCUUGGAAAGGGAAAAAUCAAAUUGGUCCCGUAAGGCGAAUGAGUUAUGAAGCCCCUCCUGUUGGUUGGUCCAGCCAAUCUCAAUUUUCAGGCAGUCAGAGGUCCAUCUCUCGAAAUGGACCUGCAGACAUACAGUCUCUGAUGGCCGACCCUAAUCAGAAAUUCUUGCUCGAACCUCCAAGCGCUCAUGGAAUGAAAUCGGAGAGCAUGGAACUCAAAUCUGAGCUGUUUGCUAUGAAAAAGGAAGUCGUGGGGGCUCCUGGUUCUAAAACAGAUAUGAGCGCCGAGGGACUCGACAAUGACGGAACAGAGCAGGAGAGAGGGAGAUCUGUAUAUAGGAGUUCGUCAGCUAAAAAUCAACCACGUCUAUUGUCACAAAUACCAGAGUUUUCUGCUUCAGCUAAGCACAUUGGUAUAGGAGGAGGGGAAGGAGGUAGUGAACAUGUUAAUGGACUUAGGAUUGAUGUGCCCACUCAUCGUGAGCUGCCGUCAAUAAAAACAGUCAAGGGUGAAAAAAUAUCGCCUGGAUCAAGGAAGAAGACUUUUAAUUUAUUUGGUGCUUUAAGAAUAAAGACGGCAGGAUCUGGAGGGAGGAGUGAAGACAGGGCAUCACUGACAACGCAGGGUUCCACCCCAUCCUCAUCUGAUGUAGUAUAACCUAGCGAACCCUCUUCAAUCAAAUAAAUACAUUAAAGGGAAAUUUUUUUUCUUAAACGAGAGAACUAAUAAUUUUAUUUGUUUGCUUGUCUGUGUUAUAAUAUUGCCUUUUUUGAAUUUCAAAAUUAAUUUUAAUAAA